AACACUGGACAUUGAACACUGGACAUUGAACACAACACACUUCACUCAUUCCCAAAUACCGCCUGGUGCGGCAGAUCCGAGUUCCAGAAUUCCAAGAACCUCCCGACGACGUGGCAAUUGAUCGAAGAGCAGGGAAACCAUCCUCUUCGCUCUUGCAUUCAAGCAUAUCUCCGACGUCUGCAUCCCUCAUACCCGAUUGACCGAGACCUAGAACAUUGCCGUCCCAAUCCAGACCGGGCACCAGCCAGUCUUGCGUCACAGAAACAGAGGCCCGAGUCAUUGGCGUCGACGAAGAACCUGUCUCGGAGAGAAGAAUUGGGUGGUUGCCAAGGGAAUACCAGCAUUGCUGCUCCCCUUGUUUCCUGGCAUUCCUGUCGGGUGUAGGGGCUGCUCAUCCGCCACCUUUCAGUUCCUUUGCCCUCCUUGUUUUCUUUUCAGCAUCUCGUCGGACGUCUGCUGCUGCCUUAGGUGAGAUACAACCCUCCGGCGCUUUUGUGGUGGUCUCGCUGGGACAAUGGACUGUGCAUCGAGGCCCUCGGCCAUUCUGUUCGUCGGAUCAACAAGGGCGAGGGCAUGAGCGUCUGCGUGCCACGGCGCCUUGACCCUCUUUGACCCAGCACUGACCCUUUGAGGGCCAGGGUGUUUUUCAAUGCCUCGACCCCCAUCUUCCGUCGUUGCUUCUUCUUCGUAUCACUCUGCUAACAGGCACAACCAUGCAGUCAUCCAACCUCGGGCUCCAUUUCCCACGCCUCCCAAACCCUCAAGGCCUGGCUCUCUAUCAGCGAGCUUUGGCACCUUCGGCACCUCUUCCCGCAAAGGGAGGAAUGGACGUUUCGACCCUCCUGAAUUCGAGACAUCAGCCUGAAGGCAGCGACGAUCUGAGCCGAUUCCAGCAAUCGCUGCAUAUGGACGGUGGAGCGUCAUAUAGCAUGGAUCAAGAGUCGAACAUGGCUCACCACCCGUCAUCUAUCUCACAGUCCCAUGUACUGCCGUACGGUAUCAUUGCGCCACCCCAGAACAGCCCUCCGAUGUACACUGCCAGCACUUACAUACCAAGGCAUGACAGCCAGACCACGGUCUCGGACGAAAACUUGGCCCCUGCUAAAGGAAAUAAUGAGACAGGUGCUAAAUCGUUUCCUUGUGGUACUUGCUCGAAAUCGUUUGCGCGACGCAGUGAUCUUGCCAGGCACGAACGGAUUCACAGCGGUGACAGACCGCAUACUUGCAACCACCCGGGCUGCAACAAGUCGUUUAUACAACGAUCUGCCUUGACCGUACACGUCAGAGUCCACACAGGAGAGAAACCGCACUUGUGUGGACACUGUGGGAAGCCAUUUUCGGACUCCAGUUCCCUUGCACGGCACCGGCGGAUUCACUCGGGGAAACGCCCAUACAAAUGUGAAUAUGCGAAUUGUCAGAAGACCUUUACACGACGGACCACGCUCACGAGGCACCAAACUCAACAUACGGGCACACUGGAGCAAGCAGCCGCAGAGGUCAACGCGAAAUUGGCACCGGCACAGCCCCGUAGUCAGUCUAUCUACGAGUCCACUUCAGGGGGCUCUUCGAGGAACUCGACAGCAUCGCCCGCAGACAGGACAUUGUCCAUGUCACCGCAUUCAGAGCUUCCACCUAUGGCCACUGGGAUGCAGCGUCAAGGUUCAGACUAUGGAUUCUUGCCCCAAACCCAUUCCCUUCCCCCUCACAUGCGACCUGACUUUGGGUCAAACUCGCCCCGCUCGACACCUCCCUUGACUCUUCAAAACUACACGAGUGCGCCACAACAGAGACCGGUCACGUCUCAUCCACCAGCAUAUGGACCACCUCAACCUCUGGAACCUCCUGCCAACGGCACCGCCAGUGGUAGCACCUCGCCUCACUUGGGCGCCCUGGCAUGGGCUUCGCUGGGUAGCGGAUCGCUGCCAACACCAUCCUCGUUGGAUAAUUACGGAUAUCCGGACCCCUGCUAUGGUGGACCUUCACUUUAUUAUCCCGGGAGCGCUAUUCGGAGACCUCAGAGCACUGAGCCAGAGGACUAUGGCCUUCGACCUCGUCAUGGUCACAUGUCUCACCACGUAGCGGUCUCGGCUGAUUGGACUUCAAUGCCACUGGCUGUCCAGGACAAUCGACAGGAGCGAUACGUCAUGUAGCGCGAGCAUCUUUAUCCUUUCUCAACACCUGGGGAAAGGGUUUGGCAACUUGAAAAGGCCUGUGGUGUGGCGGUCUCUACCGGGGUCAAGUCCUCGGAACUACGAAAACACUUGAACGCGGACGAUGCCAGUCCAGAGAACGCAGCGUUGUCUACUUGACCGCAAAUGGCCUCUGAGGACGUCGACCUAAGUAAAGAAGCUUGCAAUAUUCAUCACUACCCGUUUUAUCCAACGACAGCCACGUCUAUCUUUAUUAGGACGGGGACUCGCAAAUAUUUUUUUGAAAUUUGUAUGAAAACAAGGGGUUCCCGUUCGCUGGAGCUAACUCAGUCGGUCGAGGGAGGAUUUGGAAGAGGGAAUGCUUCGAGUCUAUCCAGCAGCAAGGCGUCGAGUGGUGAGGUGCUAUGGUAUAUUGGGAUGGUUAAGGGCUGGGGGAUUGACUGCGUAUCAGGCACAGGCACAGGCGCAAUCACGGAUCAUGGCGCAAUAACGGGGCAACACUGACUGAGGGCAUUGCCGUGAGCAAGCUGGUGGGUGGCAAUGGUCGAGGGCACAAGGCAGGAUUCACACGGAGUAUGUCCAAGGGCGACAUUCAUACCUGAGCACCGUUUAGUCUCUUUUGUUCUUCUAUCGCACUCACUAUCGCGGGGCACUCUAGAAUUUAUUAUUGCUUCUUUGAUUGAGAUCAAGUCCCUUGCAUACAUGAGUGCUGUGGUUGUUCGUGUGCGUGUCGAGGGCAUCUCAGCCUUGCGUGACAGAUGGAGACGGAGACUGAGACGGCAGAGGAGGACCAGCUAUCAUAUCACUCACUCGCUGUAUACUCUGUAUACUCUGUAUUAUUCGGUGGUAUUACAAGGGCAAAAGGGG